GAAAAUGGAUCGCUCCUACAGACAGUGAGUCACGUGGCCUGCUAUUUAAAGCAGACAAACAGGCAGGCGUAACUAUUCGCUUGAACGUUAGAAUGGGUAAAACAAGUGACCUAAGGGACUUUGAGCGUGGUAUGAUCGUAGGUGCCAGGCGCGCCGGAUCAAGUAUCUCAGAAACGGCCGCCCUCCUGGGCUUUUCACGCACGACAGUUUCUAGGGUUUACCGAGAAUGGUGCGACAAACAAAAAACAUCCAGUCAAAGGCAGUCCUGUGGGCGAAAACAGCUAGUUGAUGAGAGAGGUAGAAUGAGAAUGGAAAGAAUCGUGCAAACUAACAGGCGGGCCACAAACAGACAAAUAACGGCGCAGUACAACAGUGGUGCGCAGAACAGCAUCUCGGAACGCACAACUCGUCGAUCCUUGUCACGGAUGGGCUAUUGCAGCAGACGACCACGUCGGGCAAAUGAGGAGUGGAAAAACAUCGCCUGUGUAGAUACGGUACGGGAACUUGUCCUGGACAACUGUAGCUCAAAUGAAGGAAAAAUCGAAGGCCUCGCAGCAGAAUUCAUCAAUCUGGAAUUCCUCAGUUUGAUAAACGUUGGUUUAGUCUCAGUCUCCAACCUUCCCAAACUUGAGAAACUCAAGAAGUUGGAACUCAGCGACAACAGAAUCUCUGGUGGCCUUGACGUGCUAGCAGAGAAACUCCCCAACCUCACACAUCUAAAUCUAAGCGGGAACAAACUGAAAGACAUCAGCACAUUGGAACCUUUGAAAAAGCUGGACAGCCUGAAGUCUCUGGACCUGUUCAACUGUGAGGUGACCAACCUGAAUGACUACAGGGAGAGUGUGUUCAAGCUGCUCCCUCAGCUCACCUACCUGGACGGGUACGACGUGGAGGACCGAGAGGCAUCCGACUCGGACGGAGAGGUGGACGAUGUGGACGAUGAGGAAGGGAAUGAGGAUGGAAAGGAGGAGGACGGUGAUGAAGAGGGAGUAGUAGGAGAGGAGGGUGAGGUCAGCGGAGAUAAGGAGGAGGAAGACCUUGGCAUUGAUGAUAAGGACAACGAUGAAGAUGAAGUCAAGGCUGUCCAAGGAGAGAAGAGAAAGCGAGAGCCUGACGACGAUUAAGAGCAAAAAACGAAAGCACAAAGUUACCAACCCCUUCCCUCUCCAAUAGUAGUUACAUAGGAUGAGCCUUGACUAGAAUACAGCAUAUACAUAUGAAGUGGGUAAAACAGUAUGUAAACAUUAUUAAAGUGACCAGUGUUCAAAGACUAUGUACAUAGGGCAGUAGUCUAAGGUGUAGGGUUGAGUACCGGGUGGUAGCCAGCUAAUAACAGUGACUAAGUUCAGGGCAGGGUACUGGGCGGAGGCCGGCUAGUGGUGACUGGGUAACAGUCUGAUGGUCUGGAGAUAGAAGCUGUUUUUCAGUCUCUCGUUCCCAGCUUUGAUGCACCUGUACUGUCUUCGCCUUCUAGAUGGUAGUGGGUUGAACAGGCCAUGGCUCGGUUCCUUGAUGAUCUUCUUGGCCUUCCUGUGACACCGGGUGCUGUAGAUGUCCUGGAGGCUAGGCAAUGUGCCCCUGGUGAUGCGUUGGGCUAACCUCAUCACCCUCUGGAGAGCCUUGCGGUUGCGAAAGGUGCAAUUGCCGUACCAGGCGGUGAUGCAGUCGGACAGGAUGCUCUCAAUGGUGCAUCUGUAGAAGAUUGUGAGGGUAUUAGGGGCCAAACCAAAUUUCUUCAGCGUUUUCAUGAAGUUUUUUCGUACUGAACGCAGCCCUGGUGAUUUCUACUCCCAAACUAAUGAAAAUAAAAUGGUGACACCAUUAAAAUAUAAUUUUCCCCAUCCAAAAAUGAGCCAAACAACAUAUUGGUCCAUAUCAUGCUGGUGUUAUUUAGCAAUAAGCAUGAUCACCCCAUGCCUCCUCACCUCCCUCAAUUGAACGAACUGCUAUUAUUGUUACACACAAAUAUGGUAUACGAAUACCUUCCAUAUUGAAAUAAAGGAGAAAAUUGGCUUACUGCUUUGCAAUUUCUAUCAAUAAAGAAAUGGGGUGGGCCAAUUUCUUUAGAUUUUCUCAAUUGAAAUAAAGAUGGUUCUGGAAGUAUUCUUGGGGUGUUUGUUAGGUUGCAUAAACAUGAGUGCUUUUCCCCCCACAAUUAUGGCCUUAAAAUGUGUUUUAUAAACAUAAAUGAGGAUAGGUUGCUGCGGCUUGUCAGUCUGAGAUGGGCAGGCUGCUCAUGACUAAGGGAAGAGCUACUUUUAAAAAAUGACACGUAACGAACUACAAAACAAUGUCUGGCUUUUAAACAGACACGUUCUUCUCUUUUGUCCGCUUCUCCGGGUCCUUAGUGUACAAGAGGAAGUAGUGUGCUGUGCCCCACCCCACGUUUUAUAUUUUUCUGAGUGGCUGUUAGAUUUAAGUCAAAACUAUGUAAAUACCUGAAUGUUUGUUUAGCAAAGAUCAACAACAAAGGGGUGUUUCUACAGGUAUUUCAUUUUGAAUAAAUUUGCAGACAUUUCUAAACUUGUUUUCACUUGGUCAUUAUGGGGUAUUGUGUGUAGAUGGGUGAGGGGAAAAAAUGAUUUAAUCCAUUUUGAAUUCAAGCUGUAACACAACAAUGUGGUAUAAGUCAAGGUGAAUGAACACUGUAAAUAGUGUGAUAUUACUCUCCUUUUCUACUAUCUUUCAAUGUAUACCAAUGUUUAAAAUAUUUAACAAUGUUUACAUUUUUUGUAUUGCAACAGUUGUGAAAGACAAUGACAAAGAACUUUUGUGUAAUUAUUGUGUUACAUAGUGUGUUAGGCAUCUGUGAUAAAUUGAUGUCAUAGAUAAUCUAGUAUUGCAGGUUCCCCGAGUACCUUAGUCCUUGAUUGACGAACUUAACAAGGAGUCAUCUAACAAUUCAAAAUAAUAUCAGACGUGAGUCACAUUUUAAAUGAUAUUUUUCUCUCUAUGCCAGGCUAUGAAGAAGACAAAUUACAUUGACUCCUGAGGUGUUGAACUGUUGCUCAUAGCAACCCUGGUUAUUAUCUAUGAGCGUUGGAACAUCUUGAAUAUCGAUAAGGCCUCAGUGGUCACAUGUACUAUUAACUCUGCACCCAGCACAGCUAGAAGAGGACUAGCCCCCCCUCAGAGCCUGGUUCCUCUGCACCCAGAACAGCUAGAAGAGGACUAGCCACCCCUCAGAGCCUGGUUCCUCUGCACCCAGCACAGCUAGAAGAGGACUAGCCACCCCUCAGAGCCUGGUUCCUCUGCACCCAGCACAGCUAGAAGAGGACUAGUCACCCCUCAGAGCCUGGUUCCUCUGCACCCAGAACAGCUAGAAGAGGACUAGCCACCCCUCAGAGCCUGGUUCCUCUGCACCCAGAACAGCUAGAAGAGGACUAGCCUCCCCUCAGAGCCUGGUUCCUCUGCACCCAGCACAGCUAGAAGAGGACUAGCCACCCCUCAGAGCCUGGUUCCUCUGCACCCAGCACAACUAGAAGAGGGCUAGCCUCCCCUCAGAGCCUGGUUCCUCUGCACCCAGAACAGCUAGAAGAGGACUAGCCUCCCCUCAGAGCCUGGUUCUUCUGCACCCAGCACAGCUAGAAGAGGACUAGCCUCCCCUCAGAGCCUGGUUCUUCUGCACCCAGCACAGCUAGAAGAGGACUAGCCUCCCCUCAGAGCCUGGUUCCUCUGCACCCAGCACAGCUAGAAGAGGACUAGCCACCCCUCAGAGCCUGGUUCCUCUGCACCCAGCACAGCUAGAAGAGGACUAGCCUCCCCUCAGAGCCUGGUUCCUCUGCACCCAGAACAGUCUGGUUCCUCUCUUGGUUUAAUCCUAGGUUUAGGAUUUCUAGGGAGUGUUUCCUAGAUGCUGUGCCUCUGCAUAUGCAUCGAUUGGUCUUAGGUUUUAGACUGGGUAUCUGUAAAACACUGCUGAUGCAAAAAGGGGUUUUAAGAAAUACAUUUUUUUGAUUGACAAUUCCUGGGUGUGUCUCACCUGUAACAAUAAUAAUGAUUUUUAUAAUAAAAAUUAUUAUUAUUAUGCUACAGAAAUUGUCAAAGUCUUGUCGCACUCAAACCCAGGCCUUAUAGAUAAACCCACAAAAUGUCAUUCUAUAUUGAAAAUAGGUACAUUCUGAAAGAGUAUGUUGAUGUGAUAAGACAAUUUUAUUCACAUCUGAAUUUAGGAGAACUUUAUUUUACUUACAUUUUAGUAAGUAUGUUGUCUUAUACCAUGCUAAUAUGUUACCAAGCAAUGCAAGUAGAUUUGGAAUGAACGCCAAAACAGUGGUGUGUCUUUUUGAUCCAGAAUACCAAAAGGCAUCAUAUAAUGCACAGCCACAUGCAAAUCCUCUGCCAAUAAAACAUUUAAAACCUUAA